AUGAUGAUGGAUGAAGAGGAGGAUGAUGUUGAUGAUGAUGACUGGGUUGAUGAUGAUUCGGAUGAUUCGGAUGAUUCGCAUAAUGAUGAUCAUGAUGAUGAUGAUGAUGAUGAUAAUGAUGACUCGGAUGAUGAUGAAGAUGAUGACUCGGAUGUUGAUGAUGAUGAUGACGAUGCUGAAAGGGUUGAUGAUGAUGUUGAUGUUGAUGAUGAUGAGGAUGACUGGGAUGAUGACUCGAAUGACGACUCGGAUGAUGAUGACGAUGAUGACUCGGAUGAUGACGAUGAUGACUGGGUUGACGACGACUCGGAUGAUGAUGAUGAUGAUGAUGAUGAUUAG